AUGUCACGUUUUGUUCUUGCUCACUCGGUGUACUGCCUGACCGUGCCGGGACAGGAACAGUCUGCUGAGAUACUGCUGAGAAGGAACAUGAAUGAUGGGACUCAGCAGGAUGAUAAGGUGCUGCAGCAGAUUGAGAGGGAAGUGCGAAUGCGGGAGGGGGCCAGUAAGCUUCUGGCUGCCUGUUCCCAGAGAGACCAGGCCCUGGAGGCCUCCAAGAGUCUGCUAACCUGUAACACCCGUAUUCUGGCUCUGCUCAGCCAACUGCAGAGGAUGAGGAGAGCUCAAAUCUUAGAGAGAGCGGGGAUCAGAUCAUCUGAAGAUUUAGUACCAUGUACUGGAAAAGUAGCACUAUCAGACUUCCGGAUCCCCCUCAUGUGGAAAGACUCAGAGUACUUCAAAAACAAAGGAGAGCUGCAUCGCUGUGCUGUGUUCUGCCUGCUCCAGUGUGGCACAGAGAUCCGUGACACUGACAUAGUGAUGGUAGACAGGACUUUAACUGACAUCUGCUUCGAAAACACAAUCAUAUUCAACAAAGUAGAUCCUGGGUUCCAGCUUCGGGUGGAGCUGUACAGCGCUUGUGCAGUGGAGGACUUCUCCCCAGUUUUCCCAACGCCCAGAAGAAUGGGCUUUUUGGGGGGCUCUCUGGGGUGCUCAUCUGGGAAAAAGAUCCGUGCAGCGUUUGAGUCUGCAGGUGUUUGUGGGCCUGUUGCCGGGGCAGAUAUGAGACAUGGACGCGCGUCGCUGCCUUUGUCACAAGAGCAUUCUGCAAUGGGGCCAAAGUAUAACCUGCUGGCUCACAUGACUCUGAGUGUUGAACACGUCCAGGAUGGGUUCAAGACACAUGAUUUGAAACUGUCAGCAGCAGACGACAGCCCAUUCUGGUUGCCUCUGUUUGGAAACAUGUGCUGUCGCUUCGUUGCUCAGCCUUUAUGCAUGAUUCAGCCCGUGAUAAGUGGCCAAAUCAAGGUCAAGCUUGAAGAGGAUUUAGAUUAUUGGGAAAAUGUCUAUGGUGUCCUCAGGAGGCAAACACUUCUUUGUUAUCACUGUCGAGAAGACCUGGAGUCUGAGGACAAGCCACUACUUGUGAUCCCCAUCAGAAAGGAUACCUGCGUGUCUGUAUCUGAGAGAGAGACUGUACAUGGCCAUACUAUUUACAUUAGCAUACAGCCACGGGGAGGGGAUGUAACCUAUACUAUCUCCCUGCACACACCUGAGGAAGCACAGCGCUGGAACAAGGCCCUCCAGCAGCAUGUCUAUAACCUGAACCAAUGGAGACAGUGCUGCGAUGAGACCAUGAAGAUUGACGUACCAAGUUCAAGGAAAGCCAGCACACUAAGGCAGGGGUCUCUGUACCAUGAAAUAGUAACACCUUCAUCUCCAAGGAAGGGUCCUGCGGUCCCAGAUUUGUCACAUGAAAUCCGCACUUUGCUCUCCUACUACUACAAGGAAAGUUAUGAAUGACCCUGCCACAGUAAGGCUGGAGAAGGGGGAGACACUGUUCCACUUCUUCCUAUUUAUGGGUACUGUACCUGGUCAAGAAGGACAAACCUGUGAUGAAUGCUGUUCAUUUAAAAUCCUCAAAAGCGCCACAGUCGAACUCUUCUUGCUGUUUUGUUGCUCUCCUCGAGGGAUCUGAAUGUUCUAUCUAACUAGUAUUAUUUUAAAUAAAAAUGAGAGAUUCAAAUCAAAUAAACAUAACUAAAUGAUCACCUUAAAAGUUGAAAAAGGUGAUAGUAUAUUUCAUUUUAUAUAUACCAACAAAAACAUGAUUUACUGUAAUACAGAAGCCAUAUUUAAGUCUACAUGUUUACAUCUAUAUAUUUGUUAACAAGAGAGAAGGAAUCGAUUGCUGUGUAUCAGGAGCUGCAGAAAAGCUAUGUACAUGCACAAGAAGCAAUGAAUGAAAUGGACGUUGCACUCAAACAAAGUGCGAGGCGUAACACGGAGAUUUAGAAAAAAGGAAACAUUGGAAAUGGAAAAGAACAUGUUAAAAACUAAAGAUGAUGUAAUAGUCGAGACACUGAAACAGAACCUGGAACUUCAAAAACAAAACUGUGCAGAUCAAAAUAAAAGUUACAAUCAUUUCUCCAAAUGAUUAAAAGAGAAGGAUGAGAUUUCAGCAGGGCUUAUAGCAUCAUGUAAAGGCUUUGAGCUGGAAGCUCAUGACAAAAUAAUCUGGAACUCGAGGAAAAUCAGAAAUUGACAGAGAAGCUGCCUAGUUUCACUGGUAUGUUUGUAAGUUAUUUCACUUUGCUUUUAAUGAGUUUUCUGUUUCUCUCCAUCCCACUCUUUCUGUCUGCACCAGUCAUAAAGCUGUCAGUUAGACACGCUGAAUUAUGUGCAUGCUCACUACAACACUCAUUCGCUUUUCUUAGCACAUUCAGUGAUCACGUUAACAGGAGGUAACUGGAGGCUCAGUUGCCAUAGCCAGCCUAUAGUAUGGGGGUUUGCCAGCCCAAUGGAGGAGGCACUUUUUGUUUUUGUGGUCCUACGUGACCAUUUUUACAAUGAGUCCAGCGCUGCCAUACUUUGAUUGGGACCUGAAUGAAUUACACAUCGCAGUACUAAAGACUUCUCUGCUUUGUUAGGCUUCCAACAAAUGAAUUAUGCUCACAGAGAAGAAGCUGUGGCAACAAGAUAAUCUGGAACUCAAGGAGGAAAAUCAGAAACUGACAGAGAAGCUGCCCCAAAAGGAAAAAUCUUUAUGUUCUUUAGAGCACUGUAAAUUGAUCAAUUAAAACGCUUCAACCUCAAAAUGUAAAUGAAAGGACUGCCUUAAAAUUAUCUGUUGAAUUACAAGAUGUAUUAACUUCACCAUAUGUUAUUCUGAA